AUGCAUUUGGGUCCGUUGUCGCUGGAGAUUGCACUUAGUGCUAGGCUUCCGCUGUCGGUCCGGACCGGGAAACUGAACGUACUUUGGUUAGUCAUUCUGCUUGUAUCGACUUCCGUCUGUCUCUCUGUCCCUGAUCCUUUCAAGCAUAGAAUGAAGCGAGUGGGGAUUGCCGGGUUUCAGCUGCUUUCUCUGCUCUUAGGUUCGAUCUCUUCUCUUACGAUAUUUCUUCCGACAGGUCGAGGAGGUUCAAAGAAAGCUCGACUAAAAGGAGAGGUGCGAAUCCUUUUACGCCAGAGGCCAAGGGUAAGCAAUCAAACUCCAUAG